AUGAGUCCCACCGACAAGCGCGCCCGGCUUGGAAGCUGCUAUCAGUUCGCCUUCACUAUCGGCAUCCUCGUCUCCUACUGGAUCGACUAUGGCAUGCAGUUCGCUCCCGCCAAUGCCCUGCAAUGGCAGAUUCCGUUCGCCGUACAGCUGAUUCCCGGCGCAUUCAUGGGGUUGGGGAUGCUCACGCUCCGCGAAAGCGUGCGCUGGCUUCUCUCACACGACCACGACAAGAACGAGUCCAAAGCAUGGGACAGCCUAACCUGGAUCCGCUCAUCGAACGGGCCACACGUGCGCGCCGAGUACCAGCAAAUGAAAUCCAGCAUCGAGCGUGACGCGCACGCAACGGCCGAUUUCUCUCCGAGAGAGCUCCUCAGCAAGUCCAACAGCCACCGACUCGCUCUAGCCGUCUGCCUGUUCAUAGCCCAACAAUCUAUGGGGCCAACCGCGCUGGCCUACUUCGGGCCGCAAUUCUUUGCACUUCUCGUAGGCAACAACGCCCACCUGACCCUCCUCCUAACCGGCAUCUUCGGCGGCCUGAAAGUAAUCGGCUGUCUCAUCUUCAUCGUAUGGGUCGCCGACCGAUUCGGCCGCCGACCACUACUGAUCCUGGGCGCGCUCGCCAUGUCCAUCUGCAUGAUAACCACCUCAGUGGUAGUAAAAUCCACCAACGUCCCCACACCCCACCCAUCCACACAUAACUCCGACACCACCCCCACCAUCACCAACAGCGGCCUCCUAACCGUCUCCCUCAUCUACCUCGCCAUCGUCUUCUACAACCUCUCCUGGGGCCCCCUCCCCUGGCCCUGCACCGCCGAACUCUUCAACACGCGCAUCCGCGAACCCGGCGUCGCCAUCGCCGUGGCCGCCCAAUGGCUCUCCAACUUCGUCUGGUCAUUCUCGACCCCGUACGUCCUAGCAGGUGCCAAAUGGGCCACCUUUCUAAUCUUCGGGAUGCUAGACGCCAGCUUCGCUGCCUUCGUCUGGUUCUUCUUACCUGAAACGCGCGGCCGAACCCUCGAGGAGAUCGAUGCGCUUUUCAAAGACGAGGAUAAGCUCCACGAUGACUCACUAUCGUCCGCCCUGCUGGUCGGGGAGCAGGAAAUUGACCGUGAAUACGAACAGGAUGAUAUUAGUUCUCCUGAUGAUGCGGGGGUGAAGACGAAUGAGGAGCGGGUGGAGGUUUAG